GUCACGUCUCCCUAUAAAUACCGCCGUGCGUCGGCGCCUCACUUCCCCACCGUCUUCUCUGUGCGUCAGCCGCCGCCACGUCCGCGGCUUCUCCGACCAAAAAUCGUCCCAAAACCCCGCUACUAAGCGCCGUACGGCUUCCGUGGACGUCCCUGCGUAAAGGUUUCUGGGUAAUACAUCGCCAUGGCGACCAGGGAAGCGGCCAAUGAGGGGUCAAGGUCCCCUGUAAAGAGUGACGAUGGUGACGGGGACAGCGAAGUGGCGUAUCCAGUCAUGUGUGGGGACAACCAGGGGCUUCUGAUAUGGAAGAAAUUCAUCUGUCCAGGAAUCCACUCAAGAUGUAUCAAGUACAAUGGAAUGAUGCGGACUCCUAAAGAGUUUGUGGUUGAGGCGGGGAAAGCUGGACUGAAGGACUGGAAGAGAGCGAUCAGGAUCAACGGAACCAUGAUCAGGAGAAUGAUGGAGACAGGAGAGCUGGAUUACUAUCAGCACGAGCAGGUCUGCUCCAAAACCUGCCGCAGUAAUCGCUUCGACGUGCCUUCUGGUGUGGCUCUGCAACUGAGUCUGCAGGCCAGUGGGCUCAGGCCACCCGAAUUUGUGCAGACAGAGGGACAGGGCAUACCUCAGAUGGUUCCAGCAGAGAGGCUGUAUGCAGCAGCAGCUGCUCUGGGUGCCUCAACACCUCGCUUCACUCCAACCUCUCCAACUCCUGUGUCUCCUGAAGAUUCCCUGUUGUUUUGGUCUGGAAUCCGAGAUGUGGGAGUUUUGGACGGGAUCUUUACCUGGAUAUUCGACGCCCUGUCAGACCUACAGCAGUGUGUUCAGCACGGAUCAUGCACUGCAGACGAAGCCCAGAUGCUGACGAGUGUUCUGAACGGUCUGGGCCUGAUGGAAGAAGUUAAAGCCCGUCUGGCUCAGCAGAAAACGGAGGCAGACAGGCAGGUGGAAGAGUACAACCGAGAUCUGCAAGAGUUGGAGAGACAGUGCGCAGAAAGGCGGCGACAAUCUCAGGCGUUGAAGCGUCGUCUCGAGAGACUGGAAAACGUUCUUCAGCACACUCCUGGAAGAAAAAGGGCGCGGGCACUCUCCCCACAACAGGGGGCGACCCCGAAACCAUCCUCCGCCACCACCGCGCAAACAAACAGGCACCUGUCGCCGGAGGCAGCCCCGCAGGACCUGAGCAUGAAGAACGGGCACUCGAUAAGUUCUCCGCUGGACAGCUCGCUGUCUUCGAGUCGUAGCAGCACCCCCGGGUUACACUACAUGAACGGAGAAUCGAACGAAAGAGAGGACCGGAAAGGAAGAAUGGUCGCAAAACCGGAAGUGAACUCAAGGUCGUCUUCCAGGUAGUGAUGGACUCAAGGUCGUGUUCUAUUUUGUAUUGAUGAAUGAACUCAAGGUCAUCUUCCAGGUAUUGAUGGUGGACUCAAGGUCAUGUUCUAUAAUGUAUUGAUGAAUGAACUCAAGGUCAUCUUCCAGGUAGUGAUGGUCUCAAGGUCGUAUUCUAUAAUGUAGCGAUGAAAGAGCAACACGAUGUCUAAAAUUACGUACAGCAAAACUUUAAAGUGUCUUCAAGGGAUUUCAAAGAGAGCAUGAUGAAACAGCAAAAAGCCUUUCUACUAUUUGUACUACAUAGUCAUAAUUAUGAAAAGUUACUUUGCUUUUGUAUAUGUAACAUUACUUAGGUUGGACUCUUCAUUGAUAUAUGUGUAUGCAAGGCUGUAGUAAGCAUAGGAAAUAGAUUUUUUGUAUUAGAUUCUAGUUCUAGUGUCAAUGCUCUUGCCAAGGGACCAAGUGGAACUUUGUUGAACUUCAAUCAGUUAUGAUGCGCCUUAGCAGUUUUGUUAGAAAUAGUUCAGGACUUGAACUCUGUGCCUAUUGUGUUAUCUGUUACAAAGUGCCUUUUCAAGGUAUGGUUUCAGCUCUGUCUCAAUCUGAAAGCCAGAUUGUUUCCAGGGCCUACACAGGCCAGCUCCUCAGCUUUAGGGCCAACAUGCCCCCUAGGAAAAUUUUGGCGUAGCUGAAUCUCUGAGUAGGCAAAGUUUCCUUUGUAGCAUGUUGGCCCUGGAGCCAAUAAACUGGCCUGUGUAGGUCCUGCAGCCAAGGAGCUAGCCUGUAUAGGCCCUGGA